AUGCCAGUUACCACACGAUCCAAGAAAGCGGCGGAGGGGUCUGCGGCAGUGGAGGUAGCAGAUACUUCAGCCCCCGAUCCAAAGCUAGCACAGAAUACAAGAGGGCGUAAAUCGAAAGCAGCUACGAAGGCAUCAAAGUCAGCAGCCGAUGCACCAACGGCAACAGCAAAUGCAUCAAAGUUAGAAGCACGUAAACGAAAGAAAGCCGCAGAUGCACCAGCAGCUGCCGCCGCCGUUGCGGCUUCGCCUCCACCCCCUGAACAACCACAAGCUUCUGUCUCCCCUCUGACUGCAAGGCCUACGGCACCGAUCUCGUCCAGUACACGUAGACUCAAAACACCGACGCCACCUGGUAAUCGCCCUCAUACUUCAGCAAGCCCCAGUCCUGCUAAAGUACUAAGCACAACCCCAAAUGGGACGCUCAAAGAUUAUCGACAGGUGACUGGCGCUAAGUUUCCCGAUCUUGGCCCUGUCAGGAAGGAAGACUACACACGCGAUGUCGAUGAAGAAGAUCAUCUCUCAGGCAGAAGAAAGGGACUGUCAACUUCGCCUGACGGAUCCCGAACAACACGUGGAGCCCGCUACAGCCCUCCCAGGAGGUCACCGACUCUGAUUCCAAGUUCCAGUGACUACGUAGCAAGACCCGGGGCCAUUCCCUACGAACCUCCAGAGCCGCGAAGAGAACAGCCUCAAAAGGCCUUCUUCCGAUCUUGGCCUAAUGUGCUGAGCUCGCUGGCAGCACUCCUCUUAGUUGCUUGGCUGAUCGUUGCCGAUCCCGGGAACUGGCAAGCGCAAGCAAAGCUGAGGUUCAUGAAUCAACAGUAUCACGAUAGCAAUGCUAGACGUAUUAUGAUCGACCCUCUUGGUACAUCUCACAUUGUAGAAGUCAACGACAUAAGUCUAUCGGUCAGUCAGUUUUGUGUACCAAAUGCGGGCGGCUCAAGUACCACGUCGGGGAUUGCGAAGGGAGUCAAUAUCAACGUGGCAAAUUUCCGGGAGUGGAACGAUCUCGUGAGAAAAUCAAGAGAGCCCGAGAUAAGCGCUCUUUACGGCAUGUUUCAUGAUAAGAUCCCAGGCGCUGAGAAGACCGCGCAGCUUUCCACAGAUUUAGAGGCUCGCAUGUGCGAGUUCGCAGAUGAGCUCGUGGGCAAAGGUCUCGCUCACGAGAAGACUCGUUCAUUUGCAUCAAAGCUCCGAAGCUACCGAGAAAGCGCAACGAGGUUGAACCCGACCCAAACCCCAGAUUCAAACAAGGCCUACGACAUGGCAAAGCGACUGUGGGCUGCUGCGAGACCAGGCGACUGGGAUCACGGUUUGGUCGAGGGCGCUUUCACAGAUCUCAAAGAAUAUCUGGAGAGCCAACAGCAGCUCGCGCUCGCCAUGUCCGAGCAAUCCAGCGAAGUAUUCGCAGACUACGCAAGAUUCAUCAAGUUCUACCGAGCAUACCAAAAGACUCCUGGCGAGGCGGAGUACAAACGGCAAGUUGCUUGCAGAGACCUUUAUGUUAGGAAAUGGCCCAAGUGGGGGUACAAUUGCGACAGAACAUCUCACGCCCAUCUGCUUGCUCCAGUCAAAGGCGACCGCGAUCCUGCCAUCAUGAGGUCGAUGGCAUCGCAGUAUUAUCUCCAAGAGGCCGGAACUAUCUGGAACAACUAUGCCAAGCACCUCGGAGACGGACUGUCUCUGCUCGCCGACAUGCCCAAAUUGAAGAAAGACUUGGCUGCAGAAGGUAUUCCAGCCAGAAUUGAGCAUCUCGUAUCUCUUCUCGACAACUUGGCUAAUCAAGCCGAUAACACAGCCGUGCUUUUGCAAGACGCCUACGAGAGGAAAUAUGCUGUUCCCAUUGAUUUCGAGGCCAAGCCUGAUGAUGGGAUCAUCAGGUACACUCGCCCCGAGUCAGGACGUUGCAACGCUUGUAACGAGCGCACACUAUCUUCGUGGUCAUCUUCGUCAAUCGCAAGGGCUUCGGCGGAUGAGCUAUGGUCAAGCUUGUAUGACAACGAUGACGAGCAAGCGACCGAGACGACGAAACCGGCGUGGGCAUCACACUUGACCACAGCCUCAUCAGAUUCGCGACCAACCUCUGAGCGACGUCCAGAGAUUACAACUUCGACGCAACUUGUGAAAAUUGUUGACAUCCAGUGGCAUUAG